AGGGGAGGGGAGCUCUGCAAAUUUUUUAUUUAUGGUCAUCUUCAAAGCCCCUUUUGUUAUAUGCCGUAUAAAGAGGCAGCAAAAUACAAGAAGCCAACUUUUGUAAUCUGUAGAGCGUAUCCCAACGCUCCAAAUGGGAGAGAGGGUGGUUAGAUCUGGGCCUGGCUAACUUCAAUUAGAUGUCAAAAUGUUAGUAGUCUAUAGCAUGUCUGAGCUGUGGACACUAAAUCAACACUGGUCUAGACUUAUUGCAUUUCAAAUUCCAAGACAUGUUUUAACACGUGGCACGUUUCUUCUUCAGUUGGUCUCUGUGAGUCUUGACUUCCUCUAGUUCUUUAUUUCAGUCCCUGCUGCUUCCAACUUGGUUGAGAUUUGAGGGACGGAGAGAUGAAAGGAGAAGUGAAGAUGAUGUUUAAGUCUAAGAUGAAAUGGGUUGGUUUAGUUGGCUUGAUUUUAUCAGUGUUUUCCCUCUUGGUACAUAUUUUGCUUGCCAGAUUCACUGAAGAGGGCGUUUCUGAGUACCAGUCAUCAAUCACAAUAUUCUCUUGGAGACCCGUCUUUGAAAAUGCUGACUUCCCCAAAACUAGUCCAUUGUAUAGAAGACUGUGGGGUCCAGUAAGGCGGCUAGAAUCUUUACAUCCAGAUGCAAAUCCAAGAGGAUAUUAUGCCGAUCCCAGUCCACAAACAAAUGGAUUUAUCUUUGUCAGAAUACAAGGUGGUUUUCAUGAGAUCAGAAACUCUAUACCUGAUGUUGUAGUGGUUUCUCGGCUUCUGAAUGCUACGUUAGUUAUUCCUGAGAUUCAGUCAACCACAAGUAGCAAGGGAAUCAGUUCACAGUUCAAGAGUUUUGCAUAUCUCUACAAUGAGGAACAAUUUAUAGCAGCGUUAACUAAAGACAUUAACAUUGUAAAAACCCUUCCAAAAAAUCUGAAAGGGGCUAGGAGAAAGAAGGAGAUCCCGGUGUUUAAAGUGCCAUACUCAGCUUCACCAUAUUAUUAUUUGCACCAUGUUCUCCCAGUAUUAAACAAGCAUUCAGUGGUUGAGCUAGUUGUUUCUGAUGGUGGGUGCUUGCAGGCCAUUCUCCCACAACAUCUUGAGGAGUUUCAAAGGCUCAGAUGUAGGGUUGCAUUCCAUGCACUUCGAUUCCGACAAGAGGUUCAGGAGCUUGCAACUAAAAUUCUGCAAAGGUUACGAGCUCCUGGACGGCCUUUUAUAGCCUUUGAUCCGGGGAUGACCAGAGAUGCCUUAGCAUAUCAUGGCUGUGCUGAACUAUUCCAGGAUGUCCACACUGAACUCAUUCAGCAUAAACGAUCUUGGAUGAUAAAACGUAAGAUUGUAAGGGGGAAACUAUUGGUGAAUUCCAUGGAGUUACGCCUGAAUGGUUCAUGUCCAUUAAUGCCAGAAGAGGUUGGUAUACUUCUUCGUGCAUAUGGAUACUCAUGGGACACAAUAAUAUAUGUCUCUGGUGGAGAAGUUUUUGGUGGCCAAAGGACAUUAAUUCCUCUUCAUGCAAUGUUUGAAAAUGUUGUUGAUAGGACUUCCCUCAGCACAGGUUGGGAGUUGAGCAGAAUUUAUGGCCGUGAGGCAAAUCUUGUAGACCCUAAGACUCCUCCACCUCCUGUUGAGGAAGAAGUGAAGCAUGAAGCUUGGAAGACUGCUGGUCCACGUCCUCGUCCUCUUCCACCUCCUCCAGCUCGCCCUAAAUCAUACAACAUUGAAGGCUGGUGGGGUUGGGUGGCUGAGAGUGAUGAUGAACCGGAAAGUACAGUUAUUGAGUUGAGAACUAAUGCCCAUAAAUUACUAUGGGAAGCAAUUGACUAUAUGGUUUGCGUUGAAGCUGACGUUUUCAUCCCUGGUUUUGAUCAAGAUGGUCGGGGGCAUCCAAAUUUUGCCAGUUUGGUAAUGGGGCACAGGCUUUAUCAGUUUGCUUCUUCAAAAACGUACCGACCAGACAGGAGAGAAGUUGCCAAGCUUCUUGAAGAAACACGUGACCACUUAUAUCAAGCAAACCAUACCUGGCUAACCUCACUUCGCAGACAUCUCAGAAGAUCUGUGCUUGAUGGACUAACGGAGGCAUCUACAAAAUCAAAGCCAUUAUCAUUUCUCUCACAUCCAGUCCCUGAAUGUUCUUGCCUAAGAUAUGAUCCAUCUGAAACAUCUCGUUAUGCUUCCAGUCCUGCAGCUAACUCACACCUUCAUGCCACACUUGGAGUUGCAAAUCACUGCCCUGCUUGGAUGGACAGUGAAAUAAUCUCAAGGUCAAAAGACAAGGAAAAUGAAGAGGCUCUAGAUGAAGAUGAUUCCUUGUCAUCUGGAUUAUUUUUCGGGCACAGUGGUGAAAAUCAUGAAAGCGGAGGGGGAGAAAUAAACAAGGAAGAAGCUUCAAUGGACGAUCAGGAAGAAGAGGGUGGAGAUUAAUGUGAAAGUUGAUCUCUUAAAAUGCUAGAGGUGCACUUUCAUCUUGAAUGCAGUGUGUGUAUUAGUUUCACAUUUCAUUUGCUCGUUCGGAGAGGCAUUCAAGCAAAUCCCCAGCUUCUGUUUUGAAAAAGAAGCAAGAUCAUAGCCAUUAUUCUUAGCUCGUGAAGUUCAGAUCCAUCAACUCUGGUAUGAAGCUCCUCUAUAGUUCAAGUUCCCAUCUUUAACCCCAUAACCAGUUUUGAUGUAGAUUAGGAUAAAUUUCAAUGGAAGACCAACUUUUACAUAUCCUUCUAAGAAAAGUCUGGCUAAUUUUCCCAGGCACUUUCAUACUUGGAAUCUGUGUAACAUGGUCAAGAGAAAACUUGAUGAUUUGUUAACGUAGUUAAUACAUUACUUCA